AUGGACUGGCAGGAUCUCACGGACUGGGCCAGAGAAUCGCUGCAAGACAUCCUGCUGGAUGCGCUGAAGGAUCCUGCGCGGUGCAAAGACGGAGAGGCGGUGCGGACGCCCUGGAGCUUCCUGGAGGUCCAGGUGCUCCGUGUGGAGGUCAGCGGAGAAGCAAGCCUUUGUGGUCGCAAGGCCCAGGUCAGUGUGGAUGCUGACCUGGACCUUGGUCUGCAGCUGGAGGUGGUUAAGGCAACUCGCUUCUAUGGCGCCCAGGACGAGAAAAGGGCACAGCGCUGGCCUGCGGUGCUGCGCGUCCCAGGCUUCCAGCCGGGCACAGCGCCCGAGCUGCAGGUCCAGUUCGAUGAUCCGCAGAGCGAGGUGGCCGGCGAGGCGGUUGUCACCUGGUUCCUGCAGGAGGGCUUGGGUGCCAGGCUCUUGCAGCAGACGCUGGAGAGGUGGGAAGCACUCGCAAGGCGGCGCUUCGGCGCCGCAGGCCGCAUGCCUGAGGUGCCCAGGAGCUCCGAGAGAUCCGCCACCUGGCUGCCGGGACACCCGGGAGAGCAGAGUGGGAGCGGAAGGUCUGCAGAUGCCAUUCUCCGAGCCAGCCAGCGGCUGUUUCUGAAACCUUCUGGGGCUUUGGAGACCUGUCGUCAGGACCUCUCUGCAAAGACAAAAGCCGAGGCAAAGCCCCCGGCAGUGAGGCCCACGGCGCGUGCCGUGAGCCCUGCGCAGAGACUCCACGAGGCAACGAAGGAGACGUUCGAGCUCCGAGUCCUAAGAGCAUCGCAUGCUUUUCUUGCUGAUCCGAGCCUCCUCCAUGCGCGCUGUCCCAGCUCGGAAGAAGGCCUCUCGCUCCUCCACUCGGCGGUGAUCAGCAAUUCGGCAGACAUGAUCCGCCUUCUCCUCCAGGCCCGUGCCGAGUUGGCGCCAAGGGACAUGCUUGGGCGCACUCCGCUCUUCAUGGCUCUCAAGAAGGGAAGCCUGGAGUUGUCCAAGUGCCUCCUCGAAGCUGGCGCUUUCGAGGCCGAGGAGGAGUGCUGGCAAAGGAACUUCAUGCUCGAAAAACUGUGGCGCCUGCAGUGCCUGGACCUCCGCAGUGCCCCGGAGCUUUUUGAGCUGGUGGACGCGAAGGAGAGGCCCAAAAGCCAGGGCCGGGCGAUGCUGCGGGCCCUGAACCAGCGGGAUGCCAGGACUGCCGAGGCUGCGCUGGAGGCCGAUGUGUGUUUCGGGAGGCGGUUCUGGCGGCUGCGCUUGCAAAAAAACAGCAGCCUUUUUGAGGCUGGGGCGGAUCCCUCCGUGACCGAAGGCGGCGAGCAAGGCCUCCACCUCCUGACCAAGUGGCGGCAGGAGCCCGUCGCGCGGCUGGAGGUUCAGAAGCUGGCUAGGAAGCUGGUGCAGGCUCGCGCUGACGUCAACGCUGGGAACUCUCGCGCUGAGACACCGCUGCUCUUCGCUGCCCACCGCGGCGAUUCGUCUCUGGUACAGUUGCUCUUGGAGCUGCGAGCCGACCCCGCCGCAGCCAACGAGGAAGGCAGCACGGCCUUGAUGUUUGCAGCGCACGGUGGCCACGAAGAGGUCUGCAAGAUGCUCUUGGAGGCCUAUGCAAGCCCUGGCACACGGAACCGCCAUGGGCUCACUGCCGAAGAGAUGGCCACGAAGCGCGGCUUCCGGAAGCUCGGGGCAUUGCUUGCUGCGCACGUCCUGGCACCGGCCACACCGGGAAGCACGAGGACCCCGGUAACUGCGGUAACCCGGGUAACGCCACCCGCGGCGGAGGUGCCCUCUCUGAGGCCGCCUGGACCUGCGGGCGCGGCCGCGGGCGCUUGGCGCGGAAUCCUGGUAGAGCUUAAUGCCGUUGCAGAAGUUGGCAGGUGCGGAGCUUCGACCACAGCAAGUGGGAUCGCAUCGUGGAGGACCUGGAGCGGCGCGGGGAGGUGGAAGAUCGCCGAGAGGCACUGGCGAAGCAGCCAGAAUAUGUCUGGAAGAACGGUGUCAAGAUGCGGGUGA